AUGACUGAAACAGCUAUUGCCUCAUUAAAAAACAGUCAAAGAACAAUCAUUACAACUAUUAAAAAAUUGAAAUUAGCAACAAAGAAUAACGAUGAAAAGUUAUAUGACUUACAAUAUAAAAUGCUUGAAGACCAAAUUAACCAAUUUAAUAAAACAAUUCAAGAAAUUAAACAAUUUAAAAAUGAAAGCGAUGAAUUAGAAAAAAGAAUUGAAGGAUUUGAAGAAUGGAUUUAUUCAAUUCAUUCUUCUGUUCCACCUGCUCCAGUUGUAAGUGGAAAUGAGUCAUCCCCAUUGAUAAAUAAAGAUGAAGUUUAUUUACAACAAGAGAGUGAGUCAGCCUUAGCAAUUCAUCAAGAGAAUACAGAACAAAUUAAAACCAUUGUUGAUAAACAAAAAGAAUUACACCAAGCAUUUUUACAAUUAAAUGGGAUGGUUCAAAUCCAACAAACUCAAAUAGAUUCAAUUGAACAUAAUGCAAUAACAACAGACAAAAAAGUAAAUGAAGGAAAUAAAGAAAUAGAUACUGCUGAAAAAUAUCAAAGAAAAUCAUCAAAAAAAUUAAAAAUUAUUCUUCUAGUUUCAUUAAUUAUUGUUUUAAUAUUAGCAUUAAUUAUUGGUAUUGUUUUAUACAUCAAAUUGAGUUAA